AUGGCUGACGACCUGGCAGAGGAUGAAGUGAAGCUCAGUCCACAUCUUCAAGAGUGGAUUGGUGGCUGGGUGGACUCCAAAAGCAAAGGCAAUGACUGGACCCUGCCCUCGGUCAAUCUCAAAACUGGGAAGCUAAGCAAACCACUCGAUACCAGGUUCUGGCCGUCGUGCUUCAAGGAUUGUCCGGAUCCUGUCAUUGCCAGCAGGGGACAGACGCGGGAGAAGGUCCUUCAAAUCUUCCAGAGUGCGGGCAAACGAGUAUUCUUCUGCCAUUGGCAGGUCCUCUACAACGACCUUGUGCCUAUCAUCUAUUGCCCAAAGUGUGAACAGAUCAAGAACCUGGAGGGGGAUGGGUGGACUUUGGCGAAAGUGCGAAGGGUAUGCAUGCUGAUUGGGCCAGCGUUCCUGGUGUCCAAGUGCUACCGCUGCAAGAAAUGUCCAGGAAACGAAGGCAAGGACUACCAGUUUCGGGCCCACGACGAGGGCGUCAUCAAGCAACUAUCAGCCGCUCUUGAAGCAUCACUCAAUAUCCGCUUCACGCAGCACGGGGCAGUUGACGUGUCCCUGAUGGAUUUUCUGCUUCGCAACGUCAGCAGCGGCGUUGCAUUUGCGGACUCAGCGGAUGCGGUGCAAGAGCUGCAUUACAUCACUUAUAACAGGAGCAAGUUGGGGCACAUGCAGUACACCGCUGAGCGAGGGAAGCUCGCACUGAAACGUGCUUCGUACUUCAACAGCGCCACUGUUGCGUCAGGGCAGGUGCCACCUCCAGCAGAUUUUGGGGCGUACGAAGACAAGCAGGGCUAUAGGGGCUGGAUUCCCUCGCGCUCGUACCUUACAAGGACUCUGUUGGCUUACUUGACAGAGCGGCUUGCCUGGCCUAAGGAGCGCCUAGCCAUGGUUGACGGGCUCUACCUUCGGGGUGACCACACGUUCAGGUCUGCCUCAAAGGUCAAGGUUCAAGAGGGGGGCAAGGCUUAUGAAGCUAUGUACACCGUCAUGAACGGGUUCAGUAAGGUGGCCGCUCAGUGGAUGGUGGGCGAUACCUCGUUCAGGGAGAUUGAAGGGGGCUUGCGCGACUUGAUGAAGCGCUAUGAGGAGAACUUUCAGGAUCGGUGGGCCAAUCUGGGUACGAUCCGUAACUCCUAUACCCUUUGCCACGGGACAGGCGACUUCAUGCGAGAUCUGAGCCGCGCCAUGUUUGUAAUCAAGGCCGGGGACAAGGAGAGUCUGCGAAAUCAUCUCCUCCAGCGUGCCCGAAAGAAGCUGACAGCAAAGGAGAUCGCCGCUAAGCCGGACAGGUAUUGGAACACCCACUGCAGGCGGACAAUCCCCAAGAAGGAACUGCUGGCUGCGCGACUGGAUGCUGUUUUGAAGAAGUACGAGAUUGGGGGAAACGCCUGCGACGGGGAUCCCCUUGUAACGAGGGAGCUGAACGAGGUGCACGAAAGGCAGAUGAAGCUUGUCUGGGCAGGGGCACUGAGUGAUCCGCUGGGAGUGGAGGAGAUGUACUACGACGUCAGCAAACCGGGCUGCAUGCCGCAAUUCAAGAGCGUCCGCGGCACCUCCAAGCUUGAGGGCUAUCACAAGCACCUCAACAGCCUGUUCGCCGGGGGGAAUUGCUCGCCGGAGUUGGCCGACGCGCUGCUCACCAUCUUCAACUACCGGUGGAACAUCACUUGCGGCGUUGCUAACCGGGGGGACCAGGACUACAGCAUGCACGAUCAUUUCCUUCUCGAGGAAAUGCAGAAGGUCUGCCGGGAUAUGGGGUGGCCGGACCCUUUCCCGGAGUGGAAGAAAGCUCCUCCAACGGCUGAGCGCUUUGGGGCGGAUAACCUGCCACCUGAGGUGCGGGAGGCACUGGAGGCAGCGGCAGCGAUUGGGGAGCCCGCGCCCACAGAAGACGACUUGGAGGCCGUGGCUGUGGAGGAACUAUUGGAGCAGCAGGCGCUUGCCAAGCAGGGGCGAGAUGCAGGCGGGCGCGUCGCUCCCCCCCCACCCCGAGCAGUCGCGCUCGCCACUUGCCCCCCUCUCCGACCUGUCGCGGGCGCAGCAGCGCCCCCUCUCCAAGCAGGCGAACGCGCCGCUGGCCCCCCCCUCCAACCAAACGUGCACGUCCCACCCCCCCCUCCUAAUCAGUUGCGCGCGCAGCUCCCAACCCCCUCCGAUCAGCCGCAGCCGUUCCUGGCCCCUCGCCCCGAGCAGUCGCCCGAAAUCCUCCCCCCCCCCAUCGACCAGUGUCACCCGCAGCUGGCCCCCCCCUCCGCCCAGACGCGCGUGUUGUUACCCCCACCCUCUGACCAGUUGCAUGCGCCGCUAGCUCCCCCCUCCGACCAGUGGCGCGCAUCGUUAACCCCCCCCUCCGGACAGUCAAGCGCGCAGCCGCGCCCCCUUUUGGGCCAGUCGGGCGCAUCGCUCUCCCCCCCCUCGGAACAAUUGCGCACCCAGCUGCCCCCUUGCUCCAAACAUUCAAGCGCGCAGCCCGCCCCCCACUCCCAGCCGUCUCGCGCGCCGUUAGCCCCCCCCUCCGACCAGCCACGCGUUGCGCUGCCCCCCCGCUCUGCCAAUCAGCCGCGUACACCACUGGCCCCCCGCUCCGACCAGCUGCGCGCACACUUGGCCCCUGCCCUAAAUCAGUGGCGCGCGCCAUUGCCUCCAUUUCACCAGCGCGACGCACAGCCGGUGCCGCCUUCCAACCAGCAGCAAGUGCCGCAGGGCACCCUCUCAAGUCCCAACCCCAUGAUGCAUCCCCGGGCUCCCUUCGACCAUCAGCAAGCGCGGUUUCCCAAUGUUUCCGUUGCCUCACGGUCGCGAGUGCCCAUGCCUUGCGAGCCGCUGCGAACGCUGGCGCCAGUGCUGGCUCCCGCCUCUAUGGGGCAAAAUGUACAGCUCCGAGCAAUUCCGGCCCGGGUGGUGCAACCGCAAGGGCCGCAAGUCGUUGGCCCGUCCAAACGGAAAGACUCCGUUGGCGGUGCUGGAGUUGCUGUUGAAGGUGCGGCACACGCCACACCAGCAAAGCGCCAGAAACCAAAGCCGCAAGGAGCUCCCGUUCCGAUUGAUCCGGAUCCCUCUCUGCACACGUUGCCCAAGCAGCGAGCUACCACUGUCAAUCGAUCAGGCCGUCUAUCAUACCAGCGAAAGACAAGUCCGCUGCCCUCCAUCCCGAGCGCAGCCACUCCGCACUUCCCCGAUCCAUUCACCCCUUUUGCGGGCCUUCGGCCCCCCCGGCAGGGCGGCCUUCGGCCGCCCCGACCCCCCCUUUUCGCGUUUUUUUGCGCCCCGACCUACUGA